AUGGCUACCAACGAGCCAACCACCGAGGAGGUCAUCCAGCGACUCAAGGAGGCUCGUCCCCCGGCAUCCGAUAGAUUUACAUAUCUUACCAUCAUAGACAAGUCCAUGUCGCCCGGGAUCCUGCCGGCUCUCCACGAAAUCCUGGAAGAUGUAGAGCUUACUAGUGACAUUGGCUGGGACCUUGUUGAAAUGCUCAUCCAUGUCCCCGGAAGCGAGAGCUGUCUAGAGACCAUUGCGCGCCUUGGAAACCCUCGAGAAGUCAUCCUCAAGGUGUUGCAGGUCAUGGAAACGGUGACUGGGGAAGGAGACAACGGCUCGGUAGGGAACCAGUAUUUCGUCACUCUUUGCGGUAUGCUCGGCAUCCUGCACAAGCGACUUCAAGUCAAGACGCCGUCUCGAUUUCUGCACACCACACUAGACACUGUAUAUCGAUCAUAUGACCCAACGAGCGCCGAAUCGACUGCCGCUAUCAUCUCGCUGAUGCAAUCGCUCUCCGCGCAAAAAAGGCCGCCGCUGCCGUCGCGACAGUCGAGUACGGUGCUCGGAACCGCGCUUCAUACCAGCGACGAGACGAAGAGUGCGCCCGAUCCAGAGGCGGACAAGUCUGAUCUUCCCAAUGCUGACGAGCUUGAAAUUAUGACGCAUUUGUUGCGCUGCUUUAUUACCUGUGUCAUUGAGGCCUACGUCAACUCGAACAAGUUGGAAUGGGCCGCGAGGUUACUGGAAUAUACGUAUCCUGAGAGAGUGGUUCCAGGAAGGAAGACGAUGAUGCAGGCGUUUAACGAGGUGGACGAAUUGGGGGCAAAGGAUGCAUUGGUCGGCCAGCUGGCAGCUGUUGCUGGUGACUUGGACUUUGCCAAGAUGACCUUUGCCGAGCUUCGGGAGAUCCUUCAAGCGCCGAUUGUUCGAGAUCCACUGGCCAUCGAAUUUGAUCCCGCAAAUAUCGAGGAGAUUAAGAUAUCAGGAGGUGGGCUGUUAUGUGUGAUUGCCUAUUGGGUUUUUGCAGGCGACGUCUUUGACGCCGACCAGCCUCGACCCGGCAUGUACAUGUUUCCAGACCAUCAACAACUAUUGAAGCAUUACAUCGGAGAUGACCCCCAAUCGGAGAUAUUGAACAACCCUGGAACCAUGGAAGCGUUGGUCGUGCUCGCAAUCUGGCUAGUCGGCCAGAAGAAGCUUGCCCAGGACGGUGCGGCAGAUACAAACGCCAAGGACAAUUACAUGCCGUAUCACCACCUUAUAACACUCAUUUCCGUCUUCCACGCCAACAUUCACGUUCGAAAUGCCGCUACAGUCGUUGCCGGAGCAGUCCUUCACUCGGACCCUGACGAGGACGAUCGCCUCGCCAUCCUAGAAGAUCUCCUCGAGAACUGCAUGUUUGGGUCUCUCCAAGCCUGUGCGAUAACCUGGCUCAGAGAAGAAGUCAUUUCCGCGCGCAAGGCAAAUUCCAAAGGGCGGUUUGGCACUCCGGAUUGUUUCGAGUCUAUACAAUACACGCUUUUCCCUGACCUGACAUAUCUCAAGGAAGCGGAUGUCGAGACAUUAUUGGAAUUCUGGGCAGAAGGCUCCCCGUUCCACCUACAAGCCGCCAACUUUGCUCUGUUCCUAUUUGGAAAUGAGUACAAGGACCUUGCGCCGGCGGGCAUGGCUGCCGCUAUUGAACACCGCUAUGUGCAACCACUGUUGCAUGUCUGUGGGCUGUUGAUUGAGGAGAUGGCGAUUGGGGAGAUUGAAAAGUCUGAUGACCAUAAAAGUACGGUGAUGGAAUUGGGAAUAUUAAAGGAUAUACUUGAGAGGGUACCUUUGCAGUGA